UUAUUUUGUUCUUCUUCUUUCAUUUAAGGGGAAUUUACCUAUGGCUAAGCCAAGGACAGGCCAAUCACAGCAAAUAUCAACUUAUUUUGAAGGGUUGUAAAGUUAUAGCUCUGUACCUGGUUGCUCACCUUUUUAAUCUUUUUACUGUAACCCAUCGGAUCUCUAGCGACCCAGUUCUGUUUCCAACAGAUCAGCGCUGCAUGUCCAGAACGUCCAGUUUUAUGGACAAGCUAAACCUUGUUAGUAUGUAAACCAGAUAGGGGUGAACCAUACAGUGGAAGGUUCAACUGCAGUGCAACCACUUGGUGGAAAUGUGGCUCAUGUUAAAGCAACAAUGAUUGAGAAAACGUAAAUGAUCCCAGAAAAUUUAUUGGACUUUGUUUGGCAAGGACGCUGUUUUGGCCGAUGGCGUUAAAAAAGGAAACUGUGCUAGAGGCGUACUACCAGGUACUAUCACUCAUGGUAAAGCAAAAAGAAAUGAGUAGAUUCGAGUGGUGCUAUAAUUGUAUUGUGGAAAAGCACCAAUUGAGAUUGAGAUGGCUUUGGACAGGCUAUUGAUAUCAUGUAGAAUAGUAGUAAGUCUGUCACAUUCAUUCUUUGGGGGACAGAAAAGAAACAGCUUUGUCUACAAACUAGUGUAUUGUUGCUACAUUGGUCAAAGAAAGUGCAGUAGCUAGGAGCAGUUAGCCCAGUAAUUCCACCAACAAACCAGGCGUUGCAUGCAAAUGUGUUAUUCAAAAGGACAGGAAAUUGUGAUAUUUAGAUUUUUUCAUUGCAUAAAAUUUCCCAGUUUUUCGUGUUCUUAGAAAUCCUUUUUAAUCUAACUGGGAACGGCCUAAUGGUGGUUACUAUAGGUGACUGUCACUGCCACCUGAGGGUUGUGUGUGUGUGUGUGUGUGUGUGUCCGUGCGUUUGACACUUGCAGGAAUCACACCCUGUCCUGUGUUGAUUGUUUUCUGUGGUGACAACAGAAACUUGUCCACAGAUCUCACACUCAGUGACGCCACUGAUGGGUUUGACGCCUCAACUCUCAUCCCGGUCCCAGCCAAUCAGGUGCCGUGGCAGUGAUGCCACCUGACAACAACAGAUGACUGGGUAUUGUCCUUUAGUACUUACACCAGCAACCGCAGCGUCCUCCACCGUCUUUUGGCCUCUUUCUGCUGAGCCGUGCUCAUUAGAGAAGACACACACUUAUAUUUAUAUUCAUACACAAAACUCAUUCAAACACAGCAGACCGAGGAGAAGCUGCCAUCACUGGGACACGCAGCAUGUGGGAGGAGAACUUUGAUACUGAGCAUGAGGUUGGCCAGAAGCUGGACUACUCGCCAGUGUCCUGGCGAGAAUAUUUUGACCAGAUGGAGGACGUGAGCGUGGGGCCGGCCGACAGCAGGGACGUCUACAGGAUCUAUAAAGCUGGGAGUGAAGGUCCUCUUCUGGUUCUGCUGCAUGGAGGAGGACACUCGGCCCUGUCCUGGGCCGUCUUCACUACGGCCAUCACCAGCAGAGUGACCUGCAGGGUACUGGCCAUGGACCUCAGGGGUCACGGUGCAACCGAAGUCCACCAAUCAGAUGACUUCUCAACUCAAACUAUGUCCAGCGAUAUAGCCAACGUGAUUCGAGCCUGCUAUGGUGCGGCUCCUCCGCCCAUCGUCUUGAUUGGUCAUGGCGUCGGAGGGGCGAUUGCCGUGCACACAUCCAGUAGCAUGCUGUUACCAACCAUGGUGGGACUGGUGGCCAUAGAUGUCGUGGAAGGCAGUGCGAUGGAGGCGCAUCACAGCAUACAGAACUUCCUCAAGGGAAGACCCAAGUCCUUCAAAUCCAUGGACCACGCUAUAGAGUGGAGUGUCAAGAGUGGACAAAUUAGGAACCUGGAAUCGGCCAGAGUCUCGGUGGUUGGUCAGAUCAUAAGAUGUGAGGUGGAGGAGACCGACACUCUGGAACAGGCCAGCCCAGUCACCGAUGUGGUCGUUGAGCACAAUGAAGAGUUCUACGAUCAAAGCUAUGUAGACGACAAAGAAGACGCUGCCUCAGAGAGUGUGUAUAAGUGGCGUAUCGACCUGUCAAAGUCAGAGAAGUACUGGGAUGGCUGGUUUAGAGGAACCUCCAACCUCUUCCUGGCCUGUAACCUGCCUAAACUCCUGUUACUGGCAGGAAUCGACCGACUGGACAGAGAUCUGACAAUCGGCCAGAUGCAAGGUAAAUUCAUGAUGCAGGUGCUGCCCCCCUGUGGUCAUGCAGUGCAAGAGGACAGACCAGAGAGAGUGGCUGAGGCUGUGGCUGCCUUCCUGCUGAGACACAAGUUUGCUGAGGCCAUUAAGGAAACCAGGAGCCCAGAUUCUCUCACACAAUGAGGUCUGCUGGUUGGUGAAAUGUGGAGCUUCUUCCUGCUGCUUUGAAAACACAUGACUGCUUCCUCCAUUUUCACUGGGAAUUUCCAGCUGUUCUCACUGCUAAUAUACACUCCGUGUCAUUUAUCUUCCCCUUUAAAAACCUGCCGUGUUGCUUCUCUGCGGCCACAAACGCAGCAACACCACAUUCAACAUUUUACCGUACGAAACGCAACAAACACUUUUGCAACGCACUCAUCAGGCUAGCUACAGCUGCCUGAUGAGCUAGCCUUGCACCGCUAACGCACAGUGUUCGCUGUAUCCCAUUGAACGCUAACUAGCAUAUUUAGCAUCGUAGCAAUAACUGUCUUUUCUACUCACCCGGAAUCUUUUGAAAGGUGUUUAAUUCAAGAUGAACAUAUUCAACAUUCACAAGAAUUUCAAAAUAAAUGGGGGGCGGGGGGAGUAAAGACUGUAUUUGGUUUUAUACGAACAGUUAGCGCAAAUUUCAUGUGGAUUUUGUUGUAAAAUGCACAAAAAUGGUUUUACCACUUACACCUCAUCUCCACAUAUACUUUACACACUUUGUGCAACAGGAAGUUAGCAUUAAAAAUAAGCUAACUAUCUUUUAGCAUUAAAAAAACUAAAUAGCUAAGAGGCUUUUAAAUUCAGCUGAAUUAAAAAAACGAAGUUCCAAAAUAUCAUCUACAAUGUGUCAAUGUGGUUAAAAUUUUUGCUCUGCCUUUGUAAAACAACACUCGCCUUGUUUUUUCUCCAUUAGACUUACAAUUCCAAUUCAAGAAAAUCAAUCGCUUUUGAUUUUACUGCAGCCGUUUCCCACUUUCUCAUCCUCAACUCCGAGAAUUAAUUAUGCUAAAAAAACAAACUAUCAGCUAGCUAGGUAGCGAAUGUAAAACUGACUUAAGUUUGAUUUGAUAUUUGAAUGGUUGAAACAACAUAUGACAAAAUACAUUUUACACGUGUAUUAGCAGUGAAACCAUAUAUAAAUGUAUAUGUUUAUAUACAUAAAAACUGAGUAAUAUUUGAUGUAAUACAGGAUUGAUUUUGAGGAAAAUCAGUGAGGGCCACCAUUUUUAUUUUGUGACCAAUGAAAGUGAGAAAGUGACCUGCCUGUUAGCUCAAGUCAAAGUUGCUAAUGUUAGCUCACAAAGUGUAAACUUUAGUGUUAAAGUGCUUGUGCUACCAUGAAUAGAUGAUAAUGUCUUGUCUGUUGUUUACGUAUUGUGCAUAGCAUAUUAGCAUUAGCAACAUUACAAAAAUGUGACUGUUGCACAUAAAGUUUACUGUGAUUUUA